AUGCUGGACCGGGAACGAAGCAGCAUUCGCAACGACAGCGAUCAGCUGGAAGCACUCCUGGGCACUCUACGUUCCCGCUGUCCGGAUGAUGGGCGGUGCGUAUUUAGCAGUGGCCCAGAGAUGGCAAUAGACGCCACAACUGCUGCCAGAGCACUCAGCGACACAACAGCGCUAUCAAGCAUGAUUAACUCGUCUAUACCCUCCACCGCCAAUGGCUCUACCGUCUCGAUCGAGGAUCAGAUCCGGAAUGUGGAUAAAGUUCUCAAGACCUUCGUCGCUGCCUAA